AAACGUCUACGGCGGGUAGUGCUGCCGUUCUUGCCUCCUUCCUUCCUCGGGCGCUGGAGGCCGCCGGCCUGGGGGGUUCGGCGGAGGGCCGAGGGGCCGUAAAGGCCCGCGGAGGCGCAGCGCGGUGCGCCGCGGUCUCGCCCUGCCGGCGGGGGCCCGGAGCGGGGCGGCAGCUCGGCUCGGGGAAAGUAAAGCUUCGGCGGGCGCCGCGCUAACCCUGCCUGCCGUCCCUCCCUCCUUCCCUCCAGCGAUGGCAUGCCGGAUGGCCUCCGAAGCUUCCUUCGGCCUCAGCGACGUACGAGAGCGGAUGCGGGAGAAGAAAAACGGUGUCCUGAGGACCGCCAGGUUGAACGCCUCGCUUGCGUCAAAAAUCAAAACGAAGAUCAUCAACAACUCCUCCAUUAUUAAAGUUUCCCUAAAGCACAACAAUAAAGCACUGGCACUGGCCCUCAAUGCAGAGAAAGCUAAUGCACAGCGGCUUGCCAAGGAGAAGGUCAUCUUGCAGAUGGAGUUGGAGCAGUGUCACUUCCAGAAUGCUUUUCUGCGAAACAAGCUCUGCUUUCUGAAUAACAUCUUGAAGGAACUUGAAAAUCUUGUGGAGUCAGUUAAGAUGGCUCGGCUUUCUGAGUAUCAUACAAGUCAUCUGUCCCUGUCUAAUGGCCGGAAGAACAGCAUGACUGAAGAUAGCUGGGCUGAUGAUAUUUCAGAUGGUCAUCUUCUGAGCACUGCGGCAAUGCCACUGAGGGUGCCCAUUUCGAAGCCAACAGAUUUGAGACAGCGAAGUGGCAGCUCCACAGCAGUACAGAAGUCCUCUUUAGAUCUUCAGAGAUGUGCUCCUGAUAAGUCCCUGGAAACUUUGUCUGUUGUUUCUGAUGAUGCUUUGCCAUCACAGUUGGCUGGGAAGCCUCAGUCCCCUCAGAAAGAAAAUGGAAAGAACCAGAGUGAAAGAAUGGAAGUGAAAGAGGCUUUUCUUGACUCAUGCCUCUUCAGAGAGUCCUUGUGUGCCACCCAAGAAAAUCUCAACAAUUUGUCAGCACUUGCCUGGGAAAGUUGUUCACUUCCAUAUGAAGAUGAUAUGGUGAAGCGCUUCUAUGAUCGUCUCUCACAAGGGCACGUUACACAGAGGAGAAAACGUUCCACUUGGUUUGCAACAAGCACUCAGUCUUCAAGUGUGGAUACCAUCCCACAUGUCAGUUCAACUCGGGCAACCUGGUGUGGUAUUGUGAAGGAUAGCAGCAGUUUCAGUGAAAGCAACACACAGCCACAGCUAAAAUCUCCCAGCUCACUGGCUUCACCCACUGAAGCAACUGUUAGUCCCAAUGGAAGAUUUCCAGUUAAAGAAGCUUUUUGUGAUCAGCCGCAGGCUGAAGAAACUGGGUGUAGCGUUGAAGUAGAUUCCAGCUCCAGUGAGGUCAUGGAGUUUGUUCCUGUAAAGAUUAAAAGUAAAGUUAACUGUAAAACUGAUGGGAAAAAGGCUGCUAAAAAAGCAAGUGCAGGAAGAAAGAAAACAAAUAUGAUUAAAACCAGUGCAAAAAAUGGUCCUGAUAUACCCGAAGAGAAUACCCGAAAUGCAAAGAAGCCUAUUUUGUCAGAAGUUGCAGCAUGGCCUAGUGGGUCAGAGGCUUCUGAUAUGGAACAGAAGGCUUGUGUUGGAGCUUUGGAAUUGAAGAACGGAGUCUCUGGUGCAGUGCAAAGUUCGCAUUCUUCUAAUAAUGUCAGAAUCAGAAGAACGUACAUGGUGAACCCACCACGGCUGAAUAGUCUUGGAAGUGGUGACUUAGCGCAAGCUAAGAAAGAUGGAAUUGUUGAGAUCCAAAGCAUGGAGAGCAGCUUGUUAAAAAUCCCAGUUCAUACUGUCUCAAGUCAUGAAGUUCCCUCAGAUGAUUGCAGUCUGCAAAAUUUAUUUUUGUUGAGGGGUGGGACUUCAAGUGCAUGUGCUUUAGAGGAAGACUCAUCCAAUGUGACCACAAAGAGUAUCAGACAGAAAACCAAUAGAAAAACUAGAGUAAUUAGUCAAAUAAAUGACUCUGAGGAGAAUUUGCCGAGCAGCAUGGAAAAAAUACCUGAGGCUAAAGCUGAAGAGCAAUGUAAAAGCAGCCAGAUAAGGAGGAGAAAGACGGUCACAAAAAGCAGUUGCAGUAGUCAGAAAAAUGAAGGCAAUUUUGGCCCAUUUGUAGGUGUUCAAGGAAUAGCUCAAGACGGCACAAGGGAUUCACUAGAUAAGUGUAGAAAGAGGACUUAUUUUGUCUGUCCUUUGGAUCUUACAGGAAACUUGGGUUGUGUCCAGACAGAUUUUGAAAAGGAUGAAAUGGUGCAAUCCAGGUGUAUUCCUGGGAGCAAAGCUAGCAAAAUUCCCAGAGUUCAGAGGAAGGAAGCUGCUCAGAACAAUAAAAAACAAACAGGGGAUCCUCUAGAAAAGGAGCAAACUAAAGUUGUCAACACUGGUUCUUUGGAAAAAGAAAGCAAUUGCAAACCAAAGUCUCGGAGGAAGAGGAAAACCUCCAGUCCUCCAAAGACUAGUUCUGUAGAUAAACAGAGUGAUGGUGCCAGUGUCCUCCAUGAAAGUUCUACGGAACUUGUAUCUGAGCAAACUGUACUAAUUGAGAAAUAUUCCUGCCCUACCAAUCUGCUGUUUGAGCUGGGUGCCUCCCAGGAAGAGCAGAUAGCUGACAUUUCACUUACAAAUAAACUUAUGGACCUGUCACAGAGCCUUGAGUCCUCCUCUGUGAUCUGUUCUACGGACUUGCCUGUCAGCUGUGGGCUUACAGAUCUACCAGUUUCCAACGACUCAGAGACCAAAGGCAACGGAACUCCAGAAAAAUCUCUUUGUCCAGAAAGCUCUUUGCUAUUUAAAGAAGGGAGGGCAGAAGAAGCAUCUGGGGAAGGAAACAAGGUUGUGUCAAGUUUUAAACGUUGUUCCCAGAGUUCACCUCCACAGGAGCCUGAGAUCAGGCCGCUACAGGACUUGACCAAUGCCAGGACUCCAUCUCUUGUCCCCAGCUUGGAAGAAGUACCAGAACGUGCAUCCAGGCGGAGACCGGACCCAGCCUGCUACAGAGAGCCAAGUCUCAAGUGCAAACUGAGGCGGGGUGACCCAUUUACAAACAGAGAGUUCCUCCACUCCCCUGUUUACAAAACCAAAAAGAAGAGAAGGCCCAAAACCAAGGAACUGACCAAGAAUAUCAAAGAAGAACAACUUCCUGUAGGAUGUCCCAGUGCCAACACAAGCAAACUAACAUCAAUGGGAGACAAGAAGCAAGAAGUGAUGUAGUAGUUGAACACGCAGCCUAGAAUCCUAAGCAAGUUGGGCUGCCAGUUGCUACCUCACCAAGAGGGGAUAAGAAACAGACUGAGUCCAUGUCAGCAUCUGCUUCAGUGAAAGGAAUGGUCAGCUGGCAGAAUUGGACGUUUGUGCCCCCUCUAACCCUGCAGGUUUCAAAGAUCUGUGUGUUUGGAAGCUUCUUGGUGCAGCAAUCCAACGCAUCUUUGUUCUGUGGGAGGCAAUUUACUGGUCUUAGCUUAAGAAAGAACAUUUCACAUAAAGCCACAUCUUGCCCUGUGGGUUUCUUCAUCCAUAUUUGUUUUGGCAUCAGGCAGUUUGAUUACACAGGGUUUUGGUCAAGCACUACAAAUUUGUAAAGUUUAACACAUGACAGCUAGCUUUAGAUCUUCAAAUUUUUCUUGCUUAUCUGUAUAGCACCAGUAUUGUCACCACUGGUCAACCAUUACAACGGAAAAGCUGUUGGUUACAUUGCUAUCUGGUAAAGGAGUACAAUUAAAUAUAUGGUCUACCUUCAAUGGAACUUCUCAUCAAAAUGAAAUCAAAUUAUGUGCCUGCUUGAUAGCUCUGUGACUGGCCACAGGUAUGAAAUAUAAUUUCUGCGACCCAUCACCCUCUAUCUCUUGGGCCAUUACAUAAGACAUGACAGAACACUAUAAGA